UUGGGGAAGAUUAUAAAUGUCUUGUCUUUUUUGAAUAUCAAUUUAAUGCAUCCUUGUUGAAUAAGAAUCUGAUCCCAAACUUUAGAACUGUAGAAUGAAUAUUUCUAUGUAAGUGUGUGUGGGUCACAGUGUAAUAAGAGAGAAAGUCAGUCUAUACAGACCUCUAAUUUCAGAGCCCCUUAAUGCUGAUAUUGUUUUAGAUUGCUGAGGCCCAUGAUAUUGAUUUUUUUUUUCUUAUAUAUAUAUAUUUUUUUGUACCCACCAUGUUUCCAAAAGGAGAUCUUUUCUUUUAUAAUGGGAUGUGAAAUGUCAUGUUAAGAUUCAGGGUUGUGUAAAUUUGAAGUCUUGUGGCUUUUAAGCGCUUUCCUUGAACCUGUGUAUGAUUGCAUUUACAAUGCUCUCGUGUAUGUGUGAGGUGGAUGCACAGGAAGUGAUUAUCUGGUGAUUUAUUUAUUGCAGGGCCGUUUUACUUUUUGCUGUUGUUUGCUUUAUCUCCCGUCUCCAGUGAACUACUGCGGACUCUGCUGCAUCUGAGGAGCAUUGCAAUUUUUCUCUUUAUUUAGAUGCGGGGAAACAUGUCUAUAUAUCAGAAAACUGCUAUUCCCUGCAGUGAAUAAACCGUCUUAGCAUUGUAGAAGGAAACCGGGACAGGUUAUCAUAUUUUUCUGCGUGACUUACAUUUCCUGUCUAUAGGGGUCAAUCUUUGCAGUUCAGAGAGGAAUGGCUAGUUUCACCUUGAUUUACUGAUUCAUACUUUGGUUUCUUUUCACCUUACUUAUAAUAAAUUGCAAGAGGGAACCAACCAAUAUUUUCAUCUAAUGAAAAUAAAGCUGAUUAUCUUAACCUAUAAAGAUGUAUUUUUAAAUCACUGUAUUGAUCUGGUAGUCGUGAUAAAUGACAGCCUUUGGAGUGGAAAGUGGUAUAAAAAAACUGCAUUUCCGAAGCUUAUUAGACAUUGUUUGGUUCAAGCGCAAAGUGACUGGCUGUAUGAAGUGACUAUUACCCAUUUGUCCAUCACGAUAAUAAUGACAUUACAUCACAUUACCUUUGACAGGUGUAUUGAGUUAUUAAUACCAGCUAAUUUAAUGACGAGUAACCUCUGAUUUGGUGAAUUAUUGCUCUCAGUAGGCAAGUGCAGCAGGUUUGCGGAGACCCGGAUUGUAGCGUAUCAUUUUAACUUCUGAACUCAAUUACCCUCCAUUACCACAGGGUCAAGGCACCACUGGUUGCUUGAAAUGGAUGGAUCUUUCCGUAACUGAUCAUUUGUGCUUCCUUCAAUAAUAUAGAGAUAUUCUCACUGUGACAACUGAGUCAAGUCAGCAGUGCUGUCAAUCAUUCUUCAGACAAUGUUCUAUCCGGUUUCCAUGAAUAAGAUACUGAGGUAGAAACCUGCACCAGGAGAUGCUAUGGAUAUCCUCAGCGCUGUAGAUUUCUCCUUCACAUAGCAUUUUGAGUGGAUCACUUUAUUUUUGAACUUCUGAACUCUUCUUCCCAUUAGUGGCCAUCAGCGGCCAUGAGAGAAAGGAGCUCAGAUUGAUACAGGGUGACAGGAAAAGGCAUCAGAUGAUGGGGGCACCUAGUGGGCCAGUUCUGGGCGGGUUUGGCUCUACAACAUCCUCCCUAGACCUUGUUGGCUGGAUGGUUUGGCCUGGUAAUACCACCGUGAGCCUGAACCACAGCCUCUUCUUGACUGACUACAGCUUCAAUCUCUCCUCCACUUCAUCCUCUCCUCGUGGGGUCGAAAAGGAGUCGAUGAAGGAGAAGAACUGGCCAGCCCUGCUGAUUCUUGUGAUUAUCUUUCUGACGAUAGGAGGAAAUAUUUUGGUUAUUUUGGCCGUGUCACUGGAGAAGAAGCUGCAAAAUGCAACAAACUUCUUCCUGCGCUCGCUCGCAGUGGCAGACAUGCUGGUCGGCAUCUUGGUCAUGCCCAUCUCCCUCAUUAAUAUCCUGUAUGAUUAUGCCUGGCCAUUGCCCAGCGCUCUCUGUCCUAUUUGGAUAUAUCUGGAUGUGCUUUUCUCCACUGCUUCCAUCAUGCACCUGUGUGCCAUUUCCCUUGACCGCUACGUGGCCAUAUGCAAUCCGAUCGAGCACAGUCGGUUCAACUCACGCACCAAGGCCAUGCUGAAGAUUGCUGCAGUUUGGACCAUUUCAAUAGGAAUCUCAAUGCCUAUCCCAGUGAUCGGACUGCAUAACAGAGAAAAGGUCUUGAAAAACGGCACGUGUGCUCUGAAUGAGGAACACUUCAUACUGGUUGGCUCUUUUGUUGCCUUCUUCAUUCCCCUGGUCAUCAUGGUGGUUACAUAUUGUCUCACCGUCCAAGCGCUUCAGCGUCAGGCCACAGUCUUCCUCUACGAGGGCAAAGCCUCUUCUCAACAGCCUUUGCAACCUCCAGCUCCACCUACUUCCCAUUUGGCCCCGCCGCCGGCAUCCCGUCGCAGCAGUCUGAACUGUCUACGGAUCAGCAACAGCGAUGGAAACAUGCUCGGUCUGACCGUGCCCCUGGACACCAUCUCAAUAAUCCCAGGUUCAGAAGCGCCAUCUCAAAUGAAUUCGCCCGCUGGACGGGACCCAGCCGGAACCCAUGGGCGGCGAGGCAUGAUGCAAGCCAUCAAGAACGAGCGACGAGCAUCCAAAGUAUUGGGUGUAGUGUUCUUCCUCUUCCUCAUCAUGUGGUGUCCCUUUUUCAUCACUAAUGUACUGUAUGUCCUCUGCCACAAAACCUGUAAUAAACCUGUGCUUACAGAACUGCUCAAUGUUUUCGUUUGGGUGGGCUACAUCUCAUCAGGAGUCAAUCCUUUAGUGUACACUUUGUUUAACAAGACCUACCGAAGGGCGUUUUCAAGUUACAUGCACUGCCAGUAUAGACGGGUGGGGCUCAAUCCCAUCGCUAUACAGGCUCCUUGUCCAUCCCAUGCAGUAGUCACGCCCAUCCUGAUCUGUGAAAAAGUUUCCAUUGACCGGAACAGUAACUGCCGCAAUGGGGACGGCAAUGGAAUCCGAAAUCUGGAGCCCCAUGACAUGGACACUGAUCCUGGACUGGAGCUGAAACCGGGAAUAUCAGAGCUGUCUAUCAGCAGCGGUCACAGUCACACAGAACACACCAGCAGUGUCUGAAAAAUGAUGUAGUGUGAUGUGGAAAACAGGACCGAGCUACAAGUGAUGUUUAGGAGACAUUGGCUGUCCACGCAACCUCAGCUGUAUCACAGCAUAGAAUGUAUGCAUAGAUAGCUACAGAAACAAUAAUCAGACCAAGGUCAGAAAAGGGAUAGGGAAUGUAACGUGUGUGUGUGUGUGUGUGUGUGUGUGUGUGUGUGUGUGUGUGUGUGUGUGUGUGUGUGUGUGUGUGUGUGUGUGUGUGUUUGUGUUAACAGGUUCAGAUGUUUGAAUGCCAAUAAGUCCUGCAUGAGCACCCAGUCUCUUACUAAAGCAGCACUGGACAUAUGAGACUGCAGUUCACGCGAAUAUACGACAGAUAGAGUCAUAGCUUCCUCUUGUGGUCAGUUGAAUAAUUACAAAAAGUGUGAAUUAAAAAAAAAAUACAGUUACUGUGUCAUUCAAGCUAGUUGCAUUACAAUAUGGAUGGAGCGAUGCUGUCUAAAUCCACUUGCUAGUCAGAUCAUUGUUUGUGUAACUUGUAAUCAUCUCCAGUAUGAUAUGAUGAAUCCUUUGAGUUGCAGUAAACCAAUAACACAGCCAGGGGUUAUAUCUUAUUUCCUGGUCUAACAAUGCAGAGGAAAUUACUGCUAAACUCUAGUUUUCUUUAAAUCACUUGUUACAGUGACCUAGAAAACUGGACCCAGCAGAACAAUGGGGUAUAAGGCAUACUUAACAUAAAAAUUGGAUCAACAAUUUCAAUUUCAAUCUCAAUUGCUAAGACAUAACAAAUGUGGUUUGAGUUUUAGUCCAGUCCAAACUGCUUCUCAAAGAAUUUUUUUUUUUUUUUUUUCCUUCAGCAGGUAUUGAAGGAAUUAACCUCUAGCUCUCGGGAACAAGCUCCCCUGUGAAUGUAAGGUUAGUUGUGUGCUGCCUCAUCAGGUGGUCAUGACAGAGUGAGAGAAGAAGCAAAAAUUGCACAACAGACAAGAGUACUAAAAACAUUUACUUUAUAUGGACGGACUGUCCAUGGCAACAAAUGUUGGUCUGUAAGACCAAAAAUGUUAAUUUGAGGAUGUCUAGGAACCUAUAAUGUAUAAAGCUGUAAAUUCUUGCUGUUUUUCUGUGUAGAAACAUAGAAUUUCUCCAGUAUCACCUUCCCUUGUUCAAACUCCCAUUUUAUACCAUAGCCUGUGAAUGUUUUACCAAAUACCUUUUUUGGUCAAAAAAAAAAAAAACAAAAAAAAAAAUCCCUUACCCUCACAAUGGUAUCAUUUUGUGAAGCUGCUAUUGAUUUAAUAAAAGACCAUUGUCAUUCAUUCUGCAGUACACCUCGCUGUGAUGGUCUCUGUGUUUGUAAAGGUUUGCAAAGUGAAGCAUAUCCUGAAGAGUUUGGGUACAUCUACCUACAAUGGAAUCAAAUUACUUCCAGGACCAUGGACAGCGCCAGACGUGUCAGCGGGCAGGAAAUCUUGACAUUGUAUUUUUAACUUUUCAUCAUUAAAAUAUUUUUCAGACUAAACUAUUUAUUAAUGCCACCUGUUAAACACAAUAAUUGA